UGCUUGUGAAGGGUGCCUAAAAGGAAAGCAAAUACCGUAUCGAUGUUUAUGCUGAUCCUUCAACAAUUCUUUUUCCUCAUGGCUAUCAAUGAAAAUUUCAUUGAAAUUCAAUCUUUUCGCUGUCUCGCUCACUCAGCUGAUUAGCUUCCGUGCCCUUGUCGCUUUCGUGUACACGUUCAGCAGUGCUCUCGCAAUGUCCGGAUAUAUAUGGGUCUUUCGCGAAGAGUGGGACGUCCAUUCCUCGCAGUUUGGAUUGACUUCGAUGACUAUCUGGCUUGCAAUGCAAGUUCACUUCUUGCUCCUUGAGUUUGUCACCACGUUUGUGCCGAUGCAGAUCAUUCCCUUCGCUAUCUUGACUUGGAUUAUCCUGAAUGUCUCGAGCACGCUUAGCCCCUUUGAGCUAUCGCCGGGUUUCUAUCGCUGGGGAUAUGCUCUGCCUGGUAGGGAGCUCUAUGAUACGCUCCUUCAGGUCUGGACGCGAGGAUGUAACCCUUACUUGGGAAGAAGCUUGCCUAUACUCUGGUCUUGGUGGAUUGUGGGUGUUGUGGGUUUUGCGGUUGCUCUGAGGUAUCGUCAUCAGACAGCGAUGAAAGCCGGAAUUGAGAUUAUAGAGAAUGAAAAGUCCGAAAGAUCCAGGGCGUGACUGGUAUAACUUUUGAACAUUUUUGCGUUGAAAUCAUGUGUAUCUAUUGAUUUUGUACUUGACUCGAUCAGAAUGUCAAUCCUCUAGUAAUAAACACAUCACAGGAAAGCUAUCCGAUACACAUGUCUUUACAGUUUACUUCCCAUUCCAACGUCUCGAUCUACUGCAUCUCGCGAGUCUGCGGCCGGCAAGCUAGGGACCGGCA